UAGACAAUAAAGCGUUCUAUCGACAGAUAGGACAUACAGGAAACCAGAACGCUGAAAUGAAGCUUUACGUGAUUGCGGUGUGUUGUUUAUUCACAUUUUGUAGAACUGAAGAAGCCAAACUAAAUUUCUUAUCCGAAAAAAUUAAUAACUUCACACUCGAGUUGUUAUUCUUUUCAAAUAGUUCAUCUAAUGGGGCUAAUUUAGUAAUUUCUCCAGUGACGGUGUGGACGUCUUUAAUAGUUCUGGAGGUAGGGGCUACAGGCGACAUUCAAAGACAAAUAGGCCGCGCUAUUCGCGUCGCGUCUAGCAGCUUCCGAAAAGGGAAUUUGACGAGUGAUUUCAAUGCUUUCAUAAAAAAUCACGAAAUCCAAUCACCGCAUUUAGACCUACAAAAGGUGAGCGGAAUAUUCAUUGACAAAAACAGACUGCCAGAAAUGGACUUCUUCCAAGAAGCAUUAAAGUACAAAACCACAUUUAUACCUCUGGACGUAUUGGAUCCAGUCAAAAUAAAAAAUGACCUAAAGAAGCUUCAGGCUCACUUCAAUACAUUAAAGCUGAUCAACGAUGAUGAUUUACACCUGGAGAAUGACAUGAUGCUACCUUACAGCGCGUUGUAUUAUAAAGGUUUGUGGACAUAUCAUUUCGAUACACAUUUUACAACAAAAAAGCCGUUCUACGAUGACAAUGGAAAUAAAAUUGGGGAGGUUGACAUGAUGUACAAUCGACAUACAUUUUCGAACGUUAAUAUUGAUAUAUUACAAGCACAUGCUGUCGAAUUACCGUUCGCCAAUGACAAUAAAUUGUCCAUGAUGGUGUUUUUGCCGUACGCGGGCGUGUCUUUGCACGACGCUUUUAAAAACUUUGCCAAAACAUCGUUCAGUGAAGUAUUCGAUGAAUUUCAACAGACUGUGAGUGCUACAGAGAGCCCGAAAGAAAUUCUUGUUGUUAUGCCGAAGAUACGCACAAAAUCGCGCAUAAAUUUGAGAAACACGCUUGAAAAUAUGGGCGUUUAUGAUUUAUUUGAUACUGAGAGGUACAUUUCAUUGCCGAAAAUGGCUAAAAGGCCGAUAUAUGUAAAGAAAUUCAUUCAUAAAGUAGAAAUAGAUCUUAAUGAGGAAGGUGUUACUAAGUCUGAAGCAAUGAAUAGUGUGAUUGGUACCCGAGUGGGUGGUCUCACCUUUAUAGCUAACCGACCGUUCGUAUAUUUUGUAGUCGAGAAAAUUACAAAGACAAUUAUGUUUUGUGGAUUCUAUGUAGUACCUACAUGAGUUGGUUAAACGAUUUAAUAUUUUUAAAUGUAUAAUCUUGUCCGAAAUUAUGUGGUUCAGAGAAUCGUUUAAGAAUAUGUACUUUUUAUAUAAAAAUAUUUUAUGUAACUCCUACUUAAAUAAAAGCUUUACUAAAUUUU